GAUUGGAUGAAUGGACAUUCAGACAUGGACUCACGCACAACAGUGUUUCUCUUCAUGCGCCAUCCAUCCAGCAGUCCACUCCUCGUGUGUAUUCUCCAUCCAUCCCUCCACACCACCCACACUCCAAUUGAUCGCUACAGCAAUCGGCUAUGGUACACGGAUGGCAAAACAAGGCAGGCCACUCGAGGCACUGCCCCCGUCCCACCCAUCCAUCCACACACACUUGACAUGCACUCACUCAUUACAAUGAUGGUGCGAUAGCUGGCUGAAUUCUCUUCGUUAGUAUCUCUACGUGUCCCUUGGUCUUGCUAGUCUACACGGGGUGGUGCCUACCUACUACCUCUUAACAAUCCCUACUUAUCUGCUGGCUGCACGGCUGCACACGGGCAGAGCAGCGCACCGCAGCCAGAAAAUACACAUACUUGUCCAUCUACGCGGGGCUCACUUGACGCGGGGUAACUUCAGAACUGUCUUGCCUGUCCUGUCCUUCAUCUACGAGCAUGCAGUCCUCUCUUCUCUCUCACACAAAAUGACAAACAGAGGGCCAUUAUGUAGUUAGUGUACACCCACACACAGACCUGCCCACCCGCCCACACACAGACACACCCUUCUGCCCACACACAGACACCCUUCUGCAGACAAACACUGCAUCGACAAAAGUACCACGCCACACACAGGAAGGACACUCGCGAGCUCUCCAAAAACUCCUAUGUUGGCGUGGAGUGCGUGAGUGGCAGGGGCAUGGUGAACUGGACCUCGGUGCCCCUGGCCGACCUCAUGGCCUCGAUGAGCUGCACCGACGUGACCUCCACGGCGAUGCGCAGCGACCCGUCUGCAUCGAGCAGCAGCUGCUGCAGACACUGGGCAGAGCAGAAGGUGCCGCAGCCCCAGGCCUUGCCCGCCAGAGUGUCGUCUCGCGUGAAGAUGUGGCAGUGCCGCGUGCACUUGACCAUCCCGGACGAGCCGACAAUCAGCCGAUACUUGAGCUUCGCUGACAUGCCUGAAGCGCCAAGUGGACAGACAGAGGGAGGGGGGAUGAGGUUAGGUACCAUAGCAUCAGGUGGGUGGCUGCAGGUGAUGCCUGUGUAUACCUGCGGGUGGCUGCAGGUAGACGCCGACGUAUCCCGUCUUGCACUUGGGGGUGAUGCGGAUCUUGAAGCCAUCGUGACCCAUCACUGCGAAGGACGGCGUGUUGAUCUGCUCGCCAACGCCGCACUCGCGCAACACCUGUGGCGACACACACGAGACACACAGGCGCUGGGACACACAGGCGCUGGGGUGACGUGCAAGACGCCUCUCUGUGUAUGUGUGUAUGGGUGUGUACCUCUGCGGCGCGCUGCAGCCGACACUCCCACGUAAAUGGCCUCCGGGUCCUCUCCUGGGCCGACCGCUGAUGCUCAGUCACACUGUCGACCCUGUGUGACACAAAACAGACGACGACAAACAUGAAGGAAGUCGCCUCUUCCCCUCCCUCCUUCCCAAUUGCUCACUUUUCCUGUAUGUCCCUCAGCUGCUCCUGCACCUCCUCGAGCCCCGCCAGCUUCCUUCCCAACACGUCGAUGCGCUCGGCCGCCUCCUCGCAGCAGCAGCACGGCUCCGUCGACUCCAGCCACCGGCGCAGGCUGGAGAUCUGGCGGUCCACCGGCUGCAGGGCCUGUAGGCGCGUCUGCAGCAGGGCCACGUGGCUCGCCGCCUGGCUCACGUUGUGCUCUGGCAAAUGCGCUGCGAUCACCUACAAAUGCCGUGCACAGAGAGAUCGGUCGAGUGCGUGUGUGUGUGUGUGUGCGCCCUUCCCUCCCUGGCUGACCUGUUCGCCACAGAUGUCACACUCCACCCAUCUGGCCGGGCAGUGCAGCCCCAGAUGCCGCUCCAAAUCCGCGUAGGUGCCCCUCCACGCACAUCCCACCGCUCCCCGCCCCCCCUCCUCGCCAUCACCACUCAGCAGCGGCGGCAGGGUCACAUUAUCGCCGCCGUUGCCCUUGCGCUUCUUCUUGGAGCGCUGCUGCUGCUGCUGCUGUUGCUGCUGUCGGCUGGUCGGCGAUGAGCUGCUGGGUUGGUCUGAUAAGUCGGGCGAUGGCUGUGUGUCGGAUGCUGGCGAUGGGAGGCAUCCAGGGUGCAUCCCAUCGCCUGCGUUGGGGCAGACGACGGAGAGGUUGCUGAGCAUUCGAUACAGGGCGGGAACAGCAUCUGCCCAGACACACAAACGACGAAAGACACAAUGGGUGGACAGAAGCUGCUGGGCAGAUGUCAACACCGACCGUUGAGCGGCUUGAUGGUGACGCGUGCAUGUCUGCAGGAGGGGCACUUGUCGCCUCUAAAGCAGUCGGCGCAGAAGAUGUGCUGACAGGACGUGAUCACCGGAUCACUGACCACAUCAAGGCACACCUGAACGAACGCAUUGAUUGCAUAACAAUCAAUCCAUCAAUCAAUACACAUCAAUCAAUACACACACGAUCAGCUGAUCCCACCAUCCCAUCCUGUCUACGCACUUACCGCACAGAGGAACUGUCGGAGGACUCCGCUGUCCGAGCAUUGGAAGAUACCCUCCCUGUAGCCCAUGUGCCUCAAACAAAACAGGAGGACGGCAGCCAAGUAGAGGGCAGACCAAGGGCAGCCGGCCAGCCGAAAGCAAAGGAUCGGCUCCCCUCCAGUUGCCGGUCACUCCAUGGUAGGGUCUCUCAGCGGCUCUAUUGUCCAACAGAGAUGCCACACCAACAGCUACGCCAUCCUGUGCAAUCGAUACGGCUGGCUUCUGUGGUCUGCGUUUCCUUCGCUUCCC